UCAGAACAGAGUGAAAGUUGCGGUAUAGUUCGUGUUCUGGUUUUGUUUUUCACGAGAAGGGCUUCAUCGUGUUCAACGAAAACUGUGAUUUUUCUCUCUUACGGGGGGGGUUUUGUUUUGCAAUUUGCUCACUUUUUUUUCUGUUUGGUGGAUGAGAAUUGUUUUCCUGGAAAGUACCCGGCCAUGGGAAAGUCAUCGUUCAAGGAUUCUCUGAAAGCGCUUGAAGCGGAUAUUCAGCACGCCAAUACCCUGGCUUUAGAUUUUCCAAGGGAGAAUGAUGGAGCACGUGUUCAGAUGAGACUGUCCUACAGUCCAAUAGCUCACCUUUUUCUUUUUCUUGUUCAAUGGACUGAUUGUCACCUUGCUGGUGCACUUGGUUUGCUUAGAAUUCUUAUUUAUAUGACCUAUGCAGAUGGCAAGACCACUAUGUCUGUGUAUGAAAGGAAAGCAAGUAUGAGAGAAUUUUAUGCGGUGAUAUUUCCUUCUUUGUUGCAACUUCAUAGAGGCAUCACAGAUUUGGAGGAUCGGAAGCAGAAAGAGGCAUGUAACCGCAGAUUCAAAAGAAAGGAUGAGUUGGAAAGGGGGAAACUCUCUGAAGUUGACAUAGAAAGAGAAGAGGAGUGCGGGAUUUGCAUGGAGGUGAAUAGCAAGGUUGUCUUGCCAAAUUGCAUCCAUUCUUUGUGUUUGAAGUGUUACAAGGAAUGGCGUGGGCGAUCUCAGUCUUGCCCCUUUUGUCGAGAUAGCCUCAAAAGAGUAAUGUCUGGUGACCUUUGGAUCUUCACAGAUAAGUGUGAUGUUAUUGAUUUAUCAUCAAUAUUGAGGGAGAAUCAUAAGAGACUGUUUAUGUACGUCGAUAAAUUGCCUCUUGUUAUGCCAGAUCAUGUGUUUGUUCCCUAUGAUUCUCAUGUUAGGUAAUAGUUGAUGUACGGGCUUUGGAAAUUGUGUAUAUGAUAUAAGCUCGGUUGUAUAUGUAUUUCGGAUUAACAGACUGGAAUUUUUUUUUUUUUUUUUGGUCUAUAGUUUUGUUGGCUUCAAGUUGUUCA